CUGAUCCAGACAGUGAGCGCCAUCGACAGGGAUGACCCACAGGAGGGUCAGCACUUCUACUACAGCCUGGCUCCGGAGGCAGCCAACAACCCCAACUUUACUCUAAGGGACAAUCAAGACAAUACAGCAUGGAUUUUGACAAGGCGCUCUGGCUUCAGACAGCAUGAGCAGAACACCUUUUACCUCCCCAUCCUGAUUAGCGACAAUGGCCGCCCCGUGCUGAGCAGCACGGGUACGCUGACCGUGCACGUGUGCAGCUGUGAUGAUGACGGCAUGGUGAUGUCCUGCAACGCGGAGGCCUAUGUCCUCCCCGUCAGCCUGAGCAGAGGGGCACUCAUUGCGAUCCUUGCCUGCAUCUUUGUCCUGCUAGUGCUGGUGCUCCUCAUCCUCUCCAUGCGGCGCCAGCGGAAGCAGCCGUACAUCAUCGACGAGGAGGAGAACAUCCACGAGAACAUCGUCAGGUACGACGACGAGGGCGGCGGAGAGGAGGACACGGAGGCCUUCGAUAUCGCCGCCAUGUGGAACCCGCGGGAGGCCCAGCUGGUGGUGAAAAACCGGCAGGACAUGCUCCCUGAGAUAGAGAGCCUCUCCCGAUACGUGCCUCAGGCGUGCGUCAUGGACAACAACGUCCACAACUACGUGCUCGCCAAGCUCUACGAAGCGGACAUGGACCUGUGGGCCCCUCCCUUCGACUCCCUCCAGACGUACAUGUUUGAAGGGAACGGCUCGGUGGCGGAGUCCCUCAGCUCCCCACAGUCGGUGACGACAGACUCAGACCAGAGCUACGACUACCUGACGGACUGGGGGCCGCGCUUCAAAAAGCUGGCCGAGAUGUACGGUGCCACGGACAGCAGCGGGGCUCUGUGGUAACAGACGAGGAAUGGCAGAGAGGUUUCCAUGCGAAACAGUGUCCGGUUAGGUCCAUUCUCAUCAGAUGCUUCCAUGGACAUGGGUGAGGCCUCCUAAAAAAUAGCAAUACAGUGCUUGGAUGAGAAUGGGAAGAAGGGUGCGAAUGAAGGUCUCUCUGGAUCAGCUUUACUCAGUUAAAUUAAGUCACGUUUUUUGAAACAGUGAGAAGAAGAAGGAAGAAAGUUUUCUUUCCUGUUUUUUACAGCAAAAUCGGAAAGCUCCAUGACUGGAAUAUAAUGACAUUACUCUCUCUCUCCCUCCCUCCUUCUCUCUCUCCCUUGUACACGGCAGCUUACUGAGCUCUAUACGUCUGGAUUCAAAGAUCUGUAAACUCCAACUGUAAUCUCUGACUCACUGAGAAAUUGCCAGCAUAGAAAAGUGGUUCCCCACCAGUUAUUUUUCCCCCAUUAAAAAGGAGAAAAAAAAAUUGCUUGCUAACAAAAGGAAAAAAAAAAAAUCCCAUAAAGCAGAAAAUUGAAACUGGAAUCUCAGAGGGCUCUUUGUAAACUAAACCUCCUCUCUCUGUUGCUAACAGAGUCCUUUUUUAAUCCUUUAGAAACAAGGCUGAGGGUUUUUUUCCACCUAGCCAAGCAGGCUGGGGAAGAGGCUUUGAAUUUCUGCUCUAGUUUAAUGGCUGAUCUAUGAGCGUUAACACUAAUCCGUCUCCUAUCAAGUUUGUGUAAAUUUAUUCUCGGUUCUUUAAAACCUUGACUCCGCUAAACUGCUCAGAACAAAACCAGAAAAUCUGCCUCUUUUGCACUGUAGAUGUCUCUUCCAUGUGCCAAAUGUGAAGAUUAGAUUCUACCAAUGAAAGCCAAAUAAAUUUUAAAAAAAGAAAAAGCUAUAUUUGGUAACUACAUGGGUUAGAUGGGCUUUCCUAAUCUGUGUGAGGUCAAUCCAAGGGAUGUUUACAUACUGUAGAUAACCUACUUGAACAAAUGCAGUAUUAUAGACCAAUAAAUGGAUGUAAGAAAAUUACAUGUAUAAGUUUUGUAUAUUUGUUAAUUUUGGUAAUAAAUAUGAUGUACUG